AUGAUCUUGAAGGUUAAUAAGUUUGUGAGAAAUUCUGAAGAAAUUGGUGGGUGUGUUUUAGCAUCUGAGAUAGAUGCUUUGGGAAGGGAAAAUGAAGUUGAAGAUUCUAAUCUCCUAAAGAACUCUAUGAUGAUGGAAAAGCGGGACAACAAUGUUGACGGGGAUCCUGUUAGAAAUGAUACGAAGGAAAAUUUUACUGAAGCUUGGAAGAAACCUCAGCAUAUCAAGAUUUCUUUCAGUAGGGAUCUAACAGAGAUGUCUGAUGAUGGGAUUGUAGUCAUGUUGAAUGCUGAGAAGGAAGUUUUGAAUACACAAGUUCUGAGGCACUCACUGGUUAUCAAGAUUUUAUGUUCGUUUAAAUCUGCGAAAGCUAUGGAUGAAGUUUUGAAUGGUGGUCCUUGGUAUGUGGGAGGACACAUUAUUGGGAUGGACAAAUGGCCCCCUCUUUUCAACCCCAAUUCCUUUAAGGGUAUUACUGCACCUGUUUGGAUUCGCCUCGCCUAUUUGCCUUUAUACUGUUGGGAUGAGGAGAAUAUUGCUAUUAUUGCUUCAAGGGUAGGAGUACCUAUGUUUGUUGAUGGGAAUUCUUUUAAGUGGGGGAAACGUGAAUUUGCUUGGGUUUAUGUGAGAUUAAAUCUAGAAAAUAGGCUUCCAAAUGGUGUAUGGGUCGAUGGAAUAGCAGGGAGAUUCUUCCAAAAAAUAGAGUAUGAGAAGAUUGACUUGAUUUGCUAUCAUUAUGGUAAGGCGGGACAUGAUAGAAAGGGUUUCCCUGAAGUGUGA